AAGCAAUCCGAUGUCGUAAAACCUUCAACGGAGGCUUAGCCAACUCAAGUGUACUUCUUUGUACCUUUUACUAGCGCAUUCAAAUUCAUCGGCUAUGGCUCUGUUUCCUUGGGGAAUGUGGCCUCGUCGCGACUGGUGGGAAGAAACGGAUCCCGUCACUCGCCUCUUCGAUCAACAUUUCGGCAUGGGCCUGAUGAACGACGACCUCCUGGCCCCACCCACCUAUCACCCCUUCUAUAUCAUCGCCAGGCGACCGAAUCGCGAUCGAGUCAAGUCGGGCGUAAGCGAGGUGGUCAACGACAAGGACAAGUUUCAGGUCAACCUGGACGUGCAGCAGUUCGCUCCGGAGGAGAUCAGCGUGAAAACAGUGGAGAACUCGGUUGUGAUCGAGGGGAAGCACGAGGAGAAGCGAGACGAGCACGGAUUCAUCUCUCGCCAUUUCCAGCGACGAUACCUCCUUCCUGAUAAUGUCCGGCCGGAGAGCAUCCAGUCCUCCCUUUCCUCCGAUGGAGUUCUCACCGUCACUGCACCCAAAAUGGUAAGGGCCAUUGAAGGUGCCCCAAAUGAGCGGAUGGUCCCCAUCACCCAGACUAACCAGCCGGCCAUGAUCAAAGGGGAAGAGAAGGCGAAUCGGAAGGAAUAA